AUGAUUACUGUGAGUUUGUCCAAAACAAUUAGUUUAUUCACAUAUAAAUUAUCUACCAAUCAACCAAAUUCUCAAUCUGUAAAUAAUCGUCAAACAAAUAAUUCAACGAAGUUGCAUAUAGAAAUUCAUGUCAAUCCACUUUCACAGAUUGAUGAUGUUGUUAGUUACCAGCAACAAUCGACGAGGUUACCAUUAGGUGAUGAUGAUGGUGAUGAAGAUUUAAUAAAAUUAGAUAUAUCACCAAUAGUAGCUUCAAUUUUUUGCGAAAAUAAUUCAAUCGAAUUACGUUUAGAUCAAGAUGCUGAAUAUGACAAUGAUAUAAUCAAUGGAACUAAAAAUUAA